CUAUACUUAUACUUCAUGGCAAUGUUUGGAGUGCUCGAUGAUUUCAUGGAAAAAAGUCCGUUUGACGGUUAAUGUUAAUUUGUUAUGACGUUGCGUUAAUACAAGUGUCGUUAAUUGAUAAUCAGGACUAUGCUCGUGACGACUAUAAUGAACGUAUAUUGGAACAUCGUCUUGGAACGGACAAUGAUGACAGGAGACGACAACAAUGAAAUCACACGAGGAUAAGUAUUGUUAUUACGAACUAUAGAGAUUUAAGAAAAAAAUGGCAACUGCACAAGGCACACCAGAAUCGGAUACGGGGAGUUUCGAAUGCUUCCAAAAUUACACCGCGCCGGAAGUAUUUAUACAGGGUUUGGCUGGUAUCGUCGAUCAACAGGACGUAGAAUCUAUGAUAAGAGCUCAGAAGCAAAUGCUGCAGAGAUUUGAGAAGACCAACGAGAUGCUAACAAAUUGCAACCAGUUAUCUGUAAAUAGACUAAAGACUGCUGGAUUGGAGUUCAAGAAGCACACGGCCUUGUUGAUUGAGAUGAAGAAGGAUUUGGAUUACAUUUUCAAAAGGAUUCGUAUCGCAAAGAACAAACUGAGUCAGCAGUAUCCUCAAGCAUUCAAUGAGGCUGUAAGAAGCAGCCUGGCAGAAGAAGUAAUAGUGGAGGACGUGGACUGCCCAGUAAAACCGCUGGAACCCGAAAUCGUUCCAUUACCGACCACACCGCAAAAUGUUACUGAUCGAGAUCCAGAUUCUGAUGGUAACCAAACUUGAUCUACAAGUAAUCGUAUUACCAUGCGAUAAACGUGCUUGAAUCGCGGACAAAUCGUUCGUCGUUGAAGUAUUCACGUUUUUCUUUAACUGCCUCUAUCGUACCGAUUAAUUCCAUUGUUCCGAGAACCAUUUUACGAAUAGGAUCGUUUUGUCGAGCAUAACGAGAAUGUUACUGAGAUUUCUCUAUUUUUAUAGUAACGGUUUUCUCCUCCUUAUUUAACUGAAGUACCUGCUGAUGUAAUUACGAACGGACAGAAUGGUUGUUAAAUAGUCAAUUUCUCUUUCUCUCUCU